AUGCCUGAUGCUGGCGUAGAUUCGUCGAUGCGGGCAGGACCCAGCAGCCGAAAACGACAACCGGAUCCCACAGAAGUGCGCCUAGCCGAUGCCGAGAAGGAAGUUGCUAUCGCCCUCGAGACAUUUGCAUAUGACGAAGUGAUUGGCGUGGCCACUGAAGCACUCAAUCUCAAGCACGGCCAGGCACAUGUUGAUCCAAGUAAGGCCACCAUCAAGUCUCGCAAGACCCUCCUGUGGGCGCGCUCGCAUGCUUAUUACCAUCAAGAUCGAUACGAGCAGGCGCUUAAGGAUGCCAAAGCAGCCCUCAAGCUGGAUCCGCACGAUGUUGCCGCCUACAUUAGAGCAGCCGUUCUUCUCGGUAGCACUGGCCACAAAGUACAAGCGCUCAGCUGUCUCGAUAUAGCGGAAUCCCUAUCACACAAGUGCGAGUCAGGUACCAAAGCACUCUGGUUGCGCAGGAUCGACAAGCAAAGGCGCAAAAUGUCAGGAGCUUCGUGGCGUGUCACGGAUCGUCUUCCGAGCGAAAUCAUGGUAGAGAUCGCAUCGCACCUCGACGGCGUCGGCCGAUGCUCCAUGAGCCAGACAUGCCGCUCAUGGCGUCACAUGCUCGUGUCAGCCCCCCGCCUAUGGACUUCGUUGUCCAUCAAGACAACCGCAAAGGUGUUGAGCGCCCGCAAGUCUAAGGAUCUACUGCAAUACAUCCUCAUGCGAGCGAAAAGGGCCGGCCAUUCUCUCGAAACCGUCGUCUUGCAAAACAACUUCGGUCCUGUGUUCUUGGAAAUGGUCGUCGAGAUCCUGCGAGCGUCCAUGAAUAGCCUCAUGGAGCUUCACAUUCCCGCUCCAGAUCAGAGGCGGCUCUACGAACGACUCUACCGUCACUGUCCUCAGCUCAAGCUCCUUUCUUAUCCUGAGGCUACGCAGACAGACAUGCCGGACUUCGAGGAGGACCAAGAUAUUGCCAUUCCUGUAGUCAUGGAUGGAAAUGGCGCCGGACUGUCACAGCUUGAAAGCUUCGACAAUGCAAUUAGGGGGUACCCAUCCGAGCUUCAUGGUCAUUUCCAUAAGUUGCGCAUUCUCAAGAACUACAACCCGUUCAGCGUCCACCCCGAGAAUGGGGUCUUCAAAUUCGAUGACGAGCAGAUGGCCUCGAGCAUCUUGGAAAAUCUUGAGGACUGGGGAUUCUUCCCCUUUCGCCAGAUCCAAAGGCCCGGGUAUCGACCUUGCCCUGCGGAAUUCGCCAAGCUGACGAGGCUGACCGAAUUCGUCGUUGAGGCCAGAUGCUUACUCGAGUUCACGUUUCCGAGCCUGCUCGAGUUACAGAUACAGCUGCAGUACGGAGGACCUGACGCUGCAAGAGAGCUGAUUCGAAUACUCAGGACAAGCCCAAAGUUACGCAACCUCACUUUGGGAUACUGCCCUCGGUUCGAUCCGAACCAGUACGCAGACGUCUGUCAAGCUCUUUCCCGGCUUCAAGAUCUGCGGAAGCUUGACUUAAGUACCGACGAAAAUCUACUUAUUGCUGAAUUGCUUUUGCCUCAUGCUGUAUAUUCCGCCUCCGGCAAGCUCGAGGUGAUGAUCCCCCUUCCACAACUCGACACUAUCAUUCUUGAUGGCCGGUGCGCGGACAUUGACAUGCUGGCAAUCUCUCUUCUCGUCCGAGAGCAUCUGCGGACCGGCCACACUCUGACAGCUGCAAGGAAGAUGGCGAGCGACCGGAUUCUCCCCCUGCCCAAGAGGCAGACCACCUUCUCGCCAUUUCAAAGAGGAUCUACCUCAGCAACUGACACUGCCAGGGCGUCGUUCGAAACCAUCGAAGGUCCCUGCCUUGAUGACGCUUCAAAGUGUCGCCGUCUACAGCGAGUUGAAUUGAUCAAGGUCAUUCAAGUGCAGGGUCACAUAAAAUCGGCGCUUGAAUUCGUCUGCGACGAGGUGAAAGUUGAAUACACCCAGCUGUAG